AUGGAUAUCGAGAUAGAGUCAGCAAAGUGUGAGUGUUGUGGCUUGAAAGAGGAUUGCACUCAAGACUACAUCAGUGAAGUGAAGUCGAAAUUUGGUGGAAAAUGGUUAUGUGGGUUGUGUUCAGAAGCAGUUAGAGAUGAAGCUAUUAGAGGGAAAAGGAUAUUUGCAAUGGAAGAAGCAAUGAAAUCUCACAUGUUGUUCUGUCGUAGGAUUAAAUCGAAUCCUGCAGUUUGUGUUGCUGAUGGUAUGAGACAGAUGCUUAGGAGAAGGUCAACUGAGUUGUCUUCAUCAAACAAACACAGCAAGAAGUCAACUACAACUUCCUAA